ACUGACAGUGAGACGGAGAGACUGCAGGAGAGAAAGGAGAAAUAAACAGAGUGAGAGGGGAGGAGGAGACAAGAAGGGAAGCAAGAAAUCGCAGCCUUAUGUUGAAUAUCAGAACAGAUCUCAUCAGGCUCCUUCCUUCUCCAUGACAGACCCACACACCGCUUCUACUAGAUGCCUCUCCAGACCACCAGUGACAGCACUAAUUCUUGACUCCAGACCUUUCUUGUCUGCAACACCAGGAUCUUGUCACUACUGCAAUUAAAGCUCAGCUUGGAGACUGUGAUUUUCUUUCUUUUUUCCCCCUCCCCAUCCCCAGCCUCCCCUACUUUUAGGAACCGUAGGAGUUUGGUCUAAGCUGUAAGCAGCUGGAGUUUCUCAACAAGGUUUGAUUUUUUUUGGACGUGGAUCAUCUGGACUUGCUAACUGCAUUCCUUCUGCACUUUUUAAACUUUAUUUUGUCCUUUAUUCCUUCAUAUACAUUUCACUCUGCUACCCAGAGGACAGGAACUUUUAUUUGAACUACAAGCCAGUGGCGAAUGGUGGGAAUCUCAAGCCCCUUCCAGUAUCGCACUGAGAAGCGUUCCACAAUGCCAGACUCACCUGUGGAUGUAAAAAGCCAAUCAAGGCUAACCCCUCCAGCGAUGCCACCUCCUCCUACAACGCAAGGGGUUCCCAGAACAAGCUCCUUCACACCCACAACAUUAACAAACGGCACAAGUCAUUCACCAACAGCACUGAAUGGAGCUCCGUCACCUCCUAAUGGCUUUAGCAAUGGGCCUUCAUCUUCUUCCUCAUCUUCACUGGCAAAUCAGCAGUUGCCUCCAGCUUGCGGUGCACGGCAGCUCAGUAAGCUGAAGAGAUUCCUCACCACUUUGCAGCAGUUUGGCAAUGACAUUUCACCGGAAAUUGGGGAAAGAGUGCGCACUCUUGUACUUGGACUGGUGAAUUCUACAUUGACAAUUGAAGAAUUUCAUUCCAAACUACAAGAAGCUACUAACUUCCCACUGCGACCCUUUGUCAUCCCAUUUUUGAAGGCCAAUCUGCCCCUGCUACAACGAGAGCUUUUGCACUGCGCAAGGCUGGCCAAGCAGAACCCAGCCCAGUACCUCGCUCAGCAUGAGCAGCUGCUUCUGGAUGCGAGCACCACCUCACCUGUUGAUUCCUCAGAGUUGCUUCUCGAUGUGAAUGAAAAUGGCAAGAGGAGAACUCCAGAUAGAACCAAAGAAAAUGGCUUUGACAGAGAGCCUUUGCACUCAGAGCAUCCAAGCAAGCGGCCGUGCACUAUAAGCCCUGGCCAGCGGUACAGCCCAAAUAAUGGUUUAUCCUACCAACCCAAUGGUCUGCCUCACCCCACUCCACCACCACCUCAGCAUUAUCGUUUGGAUGAUAUGGCCAUUGCCCACCACUACAGGGACUCGUACAGACACCCAAACCACAGGGACCUCAGGGACAGAAACAGACCUAUGGGGUUGCACGGAACUAGACAGGAAGAAAUGAUUGACCACAGGCUAACAGACCGAGAAUGGGCAGAAGAAUGGAAGCACCUUGAUCAUAACCUUUAUAAAACUCCCACCAACUCUGAACAGACAUCAUCACACCCACCCUCAACCCCUCAGCACCCAAAGAAGAGAAAGGAACAGCUGUUAAAUUGCAUAAUGGAUAUGGUGGAAAAAACACGAAGAUCUCUCACUGUGCUACGAAGGUGUCAGGAGGCUGACCGCGAAGAGCUUAAUUACUGGAUCAGGCGGUACAGUGAUGCAGAGGAUUUAAAAAAAGGGAGCAGCAGCAGCAGCCAUUCCAGACAGCAGAGUCCUGUGAAUCCAGAUCCUGUCCCCUUAGAAUCACAUCGGGAAUUCCUUCACAGGCCGGCGUCUGGAUACGUGCCAGAGGAAAUCUGGAAGAAAGCUGAGGAAGCUGUUAAUGAAGUAAAACGCCAAGCUAUGUCAGAGCUACAGAAAGCUGUGUCCGAAGCAGAGCGAAAGGCUCACGAAAUGAUAACUACAGAAAGGGCAAAAAUGGAAAGAACGGUUGCAGAAGCCAAGCGCCAAGCUGCGGAAGAUGCACUCUCUGUAAUAAAUCAGCAGGAAGAUUCAAGUGAGAGUUGCUGGAAUUGUGGUCGGAAAGCAAGUGAAACUUGCAGUGGUUGUAACACUGCACGAUAUUGUGGAUCUUUUUGUCAGCACAAAGACUGGGAGAAACAUCACCACAUCUGUGGACAGACUCUUCAAGCCCAACAGCAAGGAGAGACACCAGCAGUCAGUUCCUCUGUCACGCCGAGCAGUGGAGCUGGAAGUCCUAUUGACACACCACCAGCAGCCACUCCGCGAGCUACAACUCCUGGCACGCCAUCAACCAUAGAGACAGUUACUCGUUAAAAAAAACAAAAACUAAAAAAACUAAGUUCAAAACUUUAAAGACACAACAAAACCAAUUCCUCAUUUUCAGAUAUUCAAAGAUUAAGAAAAAGAACUAUCAUAAUUCAAUGCUACAAUACAGUUGACUUCUUUUAUCUUGAGAUAUUCGUGAAAUACAGACGGCCAGUAACGGGUCAAAAUGACUUAUUAUGGAAAACAAAGAUAUCUUUUCUUUAGAAAACUAAAAAAAAGAGCAAAGAAUAUAACACAAAAAUGUUAGAUUUGACCUCCUCCCUGGUAUUUUUCAGUAGCUGGGAUUUUAAACUAGAUGACCUCAUUAACAGAUGCUUUACCAAACAGCAAACCAAGAGAUUGCUAAUUGCUGUUGAAAGCAAAAAUGCUAAUAUGAAAAAAGUAAAAUCACAUUGUUCUUUAUAGCAAUGAUGGAAAAAUUGAAAGAAAAUCCCUCAAGGGCAUGAGCAUUGAAUACAGCAGUAGACAUUUUAACAAGAAGAUGGAUGGCGUCCACGGGUUAUAGACUGAACUUUGAGACCCGCUACAAAAACGCGCAGAUGUGCAGCAGAUUGGAAGGCAACACAGAUGUUCAGCUUUUUUUCUGUUUCUGAAAUAAAUAUAAUAAUAUCCAGGUCAACAGAAUGAAAAAUUAAAGAUGAUUUGCAGUGGGAUAUAUGAAUAUAGGAGCAAACGGGGAAAAUGCCAUAAUGCAGAAGGGUUUCUUUUGAUACAGAAAGAAAGGACUCAACUGGCAGUUAAUUAGCAACCCAGCAGCUAUCACAUCAGACAGCUGCAACAGAAAAUCUUUUCAAUGUUUCUUUACUUUUGCAAGGUUCCACAGAGGAAGACAAUCGGGUCUAUUCCAACUCAUAGAUUUUUUUUUUUAUUUUAUUGAAAACAAAAUUAUUUAAAAAAAAUAAAAUAAACAAAAAAAAGUGUAUACACAGUGGCUUCAGCUCCUCAAAUGUUUUCCAUCCCAUAAUAUCUGGAAAAUGUCAUUAAAACUAGUAGUUCUCCUGGUGUUAAUAACACUCCUGUUGUGAGGUUUCCCAAUGGUGUUUUUUUUUCUUCUUGUAAAUGUGUUGGACAAAUGUGAAGACGCAUUGUAGUUUAAUCAUGCCCACAUUUAAUCUCUUUAUCCUUAGCUGGUGAGAAACCUGUAUCUUUCUAUGCUGCUUUCAUAUCUGUAUAUGUUAGUGAUAAUUCUCUAGUAGUACAAAUCUACCCCUUUUUUAUCCACAAGAAUGGAAAAAUAAUGCUAUUUACAGGAGCUGCUACUUCACUCUGUUAUAGAAUAUUUUUUUUUUUCUGGAAACUAGCAUGCUUCAUGGAAUGCAAACAUAUUGGUGUUUUUGUAGAAGGGAUGUACAUAGAUGUAUUUUUGCACUGUCACAAUGACUCCCUAAGCAUGCAUUUUUGACUAAUUCAUUUCAAUAUGCUAGAACCAUUUCACCAAUCUGUAACAUAGUCUUAGUGGAUUUUUUUUUUUAAUUUUUGAAAAUUCACUGUUAGGGACUUUUUUUUUAGGUGAGAUAUCACACUUAAAUAUAAAAGGGCAGUGCAUGCAUAUUGCUGUAAAAAUUACAUGUCUGAUUUUACAACGUAAUAAUGAUUAAAGUUCCAAAUGCUGAGAUGUAGAAUGACAGCUUUAACUGCUGAAUGUCAGGACAAUAUUCUACAUAAAGGAAAGUCAGCCAAAGACUGAUCUGAUGGACCAAAUUCUGAAUUAUGAAAAAGCACCAAUACCAUUUUUUCCAAAAGAUCAGCAAGUUAAACAUGUUGAGUAAGGUUUAGUGUGAAUUCAUUUUCCCUUUUUUUGUCCAGUGUCUAGACCAGAAGUACUUGUUAAUUGUGAUUAUACAAAUCCAGAGCCUGUUUGUGUGCUUAACAAUGAAGAUUGAUGCAAGGUAUGCUCAUUAAACUACAUUUUCUAAUUUCUCCAUAGAAAAAAAAACUAUCUUUCUUUAGUUUGUUAGUGCUUACAGGUAGAAUGUUACCUGUGUAAGUGUAAAGUAGUGCAGCACUUUGGAUACAGUUGAACAAACUGUAUUAAAAAUUCUUGCUCAGCAUUACCCAGUGGUGGUAGUCAACAAAAAUGGUUAAGAAAAAGUGAAAAUUCAAUAUAUUAUAAAAUACCUGUAUUUUGACAGGACUAUAUGCUUAAAACAAUUCACUUACGCACCAAAAUUAUGUUUUUUUUGGUAGAUGUGUGCAAAGAGGGAAUUGCGCACAAACAGUGUUUUGGUUCAAUUGAUAUUUAACCAUGGUGCUCCCUAGCUUCAUUUGACCUCAUUGUACACAUGUGUACUAAGGACAUUGGAUAAGCCUUUGUAGAAGACCUCUUUAUGUUCAGUAUAGCAAUGAAUGAUUAAUUCCAAAAAUGUGGGGUUUGUACCCAUACUGUCUAUCAAUAGACGCCGUAAUAUAUGUGAACAGCACUGUUAUUAUAAACACAAGUGUGUAAAAUACAGAUUAGUUCAGUUUGUCUCAUUACUUUAAUUCAGGGCACCCUGAGUGAAAUCAAAUACAAAAAGUUAAAAAAAAAAAAAACCCAAACUCUGAGCUCUCUCUCUCUUCCUCCUUCUUUCUUUCCUCUUGUUUUGCUACAGGCUCCUCAGUGGCAAAAAGUUUCACUCUACCUCUGACAGCAUGUAUAUUGCACCAGUAGCUAACAUAACUGGUCUAGUCAAACCAAAAUGGGCACAAAAGAACCAGGAAACCAAAAGUAACGUUCAUACAGCUGCAAACCAUAUCACUUCUUGGUAACAAUGCAGACCUCAUAAACGUAAAGAAAAAGAAAAAAAACUUUUGUUACUUUCCUUUUUUGCUUGUCACUUAUAUACAGGCUAUGUGAGAGUAUAAUAUGUAGGUAUCACACAUUAAAAAAACUAAACUUCAUUGGAUAUAUCUAUAGGGUGGAUGCUGAAUAGGAAUAGGCAUCCUCCCUUUUUCUGUCUCUAAUCCUAUCCUCCCUCUUUUUCUGACCCCUCUCUUUAAUCUCUUUCCUCUCUCAUGGGACUGUGUGACAGGGCCGCCUGAUUACUUUUUUUAUUUUUUAUUUUGUGUAGGUGCAUGUCUUGGGGAUUUCAAAUACAAGGCUGGUUUACUUAUGCAAAGCAUGCCUAAGUCUGGAAUACUAAAAGAUACAAAAAAUAAUGGGUGGGUGGGGCUAAAAUGACUCCAUGAUGUCCGGAUUCUUCAAGGGACAGUAAAAUAAAUUGGAGACUGUUGAAAUGCAGAUUUUAAUUAUUUUUUUAUUUUUGGGUUCUGCAACGUUAUUGUGAAAAAGUUGUUGUGCAAUACUUAAUUCAGAAAUGUACCACAAGUUAAUAAUGGUAGACGAACACUGGGUGGGGGUGGGGUGGACACCAUGCUUUUGUCAGCAUAAUCUUGAGCUUUCAAGUCUACUAUGUCUAAACUGUGGUCUCUUGUUUUUCAUUUUUCUUUAGUUGGACUGUAUUGUAUGGUCUGUCAACCUGUGAAUCUUUAAAGUAUGAUUCAGGUAUUGUUGUAUUCUUUACUGUGUAAUAAAAAAAACAUCAAAAAUA